AUGGCGGCCGUGCAGGCGCCGCUCGUGCAGGCAGUGGCCUUCGUGUUGGCCAUCAGCAGCUUAGCCCAGGCCACGCUCAUAUGGAACCCGAAUACGCGCUACUUCUUCCGGCUGGCUUUCGCUCAGUGCCAAGACGGCCGCGUUGCCCGUGUGUUUUAUGAGCCCCAAGACCAAGCUAUCCACAGCACCCUGCCAGGCAACAUCAUAGCCACUCUGGCAGGUACUCUUCAUCGAGGCGAUGGCAUGGGACAGCACAACUACACUGCCUUUGAAGACCAUCAUGAUGCCUACGCCAACUACCGCACGUUGGUGGACAACGGGGAAUACCACCACGAGUGCCGUCUGGAAAACCACAUCCCUCACGCCCGAAUGGCGACCUCCGUCAAGGUUGGUGGAAUAGAGCCCUCACAUCGCCCAUCGACAUCGCUCCUGUCGAUGUAUCCUGACAAAGACAUGCGUCGAUGGCAGACCCACGUUGUGCAUGCUGAUGGCCGUCUCCUUCGAGUACAUGGCAAUGAUAAUUACCUCUUUGAAGGCAUGGAGCAACAAGGAACGGCCGCACACGCCACUCGCGCCGACGGCCAACCCGAGAAUUUGUUUGAACAGCAGCGCUUCAGUGCUGGUCCUCAUGGCUACGACGCCAAGUCAACAUUGACCAAUGACAAGGGAAACCUCUUUGGUGCGUUUGCGGCGGACGAUCACGAGCACGUCGUACACAAUGGUUAUGCCAGUGAUGACACGUCCUCUCACAACUCCGAGGACAUUCGCGGCGUGGUCGUGGAAACCAUCCGUGACUAUAGUGAUGCCACGGCCACGGCGCUUGUGUACCAAGUCGUAACGGAUCUGAAGGGUGGCGUUGAUCUUGCCAUUCAAUACAUGUUAUUGGACUUGCUUCCGUUCAAUCAGACGCAGCACGCCAUUGCAGCUCUGGCUUUUGCUCAAGGUCCCUGCCACUCUUGCCUACAGUUUUUGCAAGAGGUGUGCUACGAGCCCAAGGAGCUUCCCCUCUCCCUCCAGAACGAAGACAUUCGCGAAGGCGCUCUGCUCGCCCUGGGCGCUGUGCUAUCACGCUUCCCCGCUGAGGAAGCCCAUCAGCAUGUCGGCCGCCUCGAGGGUUUGCUCGAACAAACGCAGCUCGAGUAUCAUCCUGAGGCGCGCCUUCGUCGCCAUACCAUCCACCACGACCAUCGCCCGAGUGUAUUGGCCGCACUUGGCAACACCAGACACCAGCGAGGUAAUGACGCCUUGAUUCGACAUGCCCUCACGGCUCGAAACGACACCGACCCAUCCAUUGCAAACUCCAUUCGUCAUUACGCCAUCGCCUCGUUGGCCCAGCUCAAGGACCCGGCGGGCAUGAGCACUCUGCGCCGCAUUGCUCUCGAGGAUUCCUCCCUCGAACAUCGCAUCGCUGCACUGCGGUCGCACAUCAUGCAUGCCAACGAAUCAGACCACGAGACUCUCCUUAAUGACUACGCACGCCGCGCCAAUGAGCAACAAGACGAAUAUCACAUGCGCAUGGAGCGCCGUGAAGCCUCUGAUGACGAGAUCUUUCCUGAAGAGGAAUACUACUGCUACCUGCAUGACAUUGAGCCUGGCCGUUGUAAAAAUAAGUUUGCCUCACUUUCACGCAGCGAGCGCCUGGCUUACGCUGCAGAGAUGGACUCGGACCCUUCUUUCAGUCCACGCCUGCGGCGCGCUUCAUCCUCCAGUGCAGAGGCAAAGAGCGAAGCCGGCGUCCGAGACGGGGUUUUCACCACCGAUCUCAACCUCAAGUUGUCGUAUGGCUUCAAAAUAGGCUCUGAAGCCGUGGGUGGGGGCUUUACUUCGACUGGCGAGCUGAAGCUUUACGUCUAUGCAGAUGGCUACUCACUCGAUGUCUUGCUGCGAGCUGUCGGCGAGUGUAAAGCCUACUUUCAGGUUGGCUUUUUCGGCAUCAAUGUCAACGUGCUGCACGUGUUUGCUGGUUAUGCUCUCUCUGCCGGUUACGACAAGAGCAUUCUCAAGGGUAUGUUCGACGUUAACCAGCGCACCAAGGACUUUAACAAACUUGUUGAAGUGAUUGACGAUUUGGGCGCGGGGUUUGAAUCCUUUGCCGACUACGCCAGCACCAUCUUCUCUACCGGUGAUGACAUGGUCUCCGGCCUUGAUGGUGCUUGCCGGGCCAACGUCCAGCCUGUGAUCACCCGUUUCAGCAAUUUCACGGACACCCUCAUCAAUUUUCGACCCCUUAAAGUGGCGGGCAGGGCUGAGCAAACCAAGAAACUUUUUGAAAUCGGCAUCCCGCACCUGCGUAGUAUCACAGGUGGACUGGCUGAUAAGUGUGCAGCCAUUGAUGAUUUGUUUGGCAAGUAUUGGCCCACCAAUUCUUCGACCCUCAAGCAAUCCAUCAGUGAUAUUUUCGACCAAAUUGCCCUGCUUGACGAAUGUGGCCCUGCAGCGGCGGCCUCAAUCUUCUCCGAAAUCCAACAAGUCCAACUGGCCAUCGGCAACAUUACCACGGCAUUUUUUGACUUUAUGGGCGCUUUGCAACUGGAUGGCUCUCCGCUCCCAGAGUGGAUCGACCCCGUUUCUCGGGCCAACACGGCUUUCAUUGACCAAUAUGAUGCGGCUGUGAAAGAGCUGAAGGAGCUCACCUCUGUGGUGUGCGAGCCCAACUCCACCGCUCCCGCUUGCGUGUCCUACUCCGCAAGUCAACUCGAAGAAGCCAAAGAACUGCUUGCCCUUCUGCAAGAAGACACCAGCUUUAACGAUCUGCUCAAGCCUAUCCAGGCCGUGUAUCAAGUGGUAAUGGGCGCCAUUACCACCAUGAAUAACAUUGCUGAUGUGGCUGACACGAUUCACGAAGUCGCGGCCAAACUAUACGAGGCCUACAUCCGCUUCAAAACUCCCAAGGUGCACAGCCUCUUUCCAGAUACAGUCAAAGGCAAUGAUCAGUGUGGCUCUGGGGAGUACCCUGCCAACGAGCUUUUAGGGGCCGAGAACACCGACUCGUCGCUGUGGCCCGAUGGUAUCGGUCUUUCUGUGAAGUUGAGCCCGAUGUGUGACAAAAAAUGUCUCAAGAAUCUUGAAAAGACCCCGGCACGCUUCAACAAGGGCAAAUCGGGCAUCAAGAAAAAGGGCUCAAGCUCCAAAAAGACAAGCCCGCCUUCUGCCCCAACCAAAGCGCAACGAUACUACGUGCCUGCCCCGUACGAUGGUAGCAUUGUCGUUGUGCGCGGGGAUUCGGUCGCAAUUAAACCUAGCAAGGACGUGGGUGCCUAUUUCUGGAUCUCAAACGUCAAACUCAUCCCUGGCAUUGUGAAGGGAUCCAAACUUCGGGCUGGACAAACUAUCGCUGAAGCUCUCGAACCAAAGGAUAGCGCAUGCGGUCGAUUCGUUCAUUUUGCCGCCACCAAGUCAGAAGAUGGCGAGGACCCGCUGGAUCCACGUCGCUUCUUGCCCUUUAACCCUCUUGCCGGCUUGUUCGACAAAACACUGGACCUCGUCUUUCUCAAAGUGCUAGACUUCACGCUGUUCCAAGGCACGGUUGGCGAGGCAGCAAGUGCUGCAAAGGACUUUCCUGGCAAGACCAAAAGGAAAUCAGAAAAGUCUUCACGACGCCGUCGUAGUGCCGCUGCUGAGCGCUGGGCGAAUUUGACGGUCGCGUCUGAUCGCACCGAGGUUGACUCACUGGUUUGGGUGCCCGAUCAUGACGCUGAUGACGAUGAGAUCAUCGAUGUUGGAGAGUACGAUAUGGUUUACUUGACGCGCGACGGCGCGGUGCCCGUUGGCGCGCAACGACAGCGUCGUGCAUCGAGCUGCAACGAUUUGGACUCGCCCGAAGACGUCUGCAUUUCCGGAAACCUGGGCCCGUUUACUUCGACCAUGACGGUUUUCCAAAUGCAGACUCGGUUUAUCAGUACGUAUGACCAUGGCAAAGUGGCACCAUGUUCUCGAAACUUCACAACGCUCAAGUACUUGACGAUAUUCAGCACCAUUUUCCGAGCGACGCUCUUCUCCUUCUCAGCCGCAGCAAUCGAGAAGAAUUUGAUAAGGACUUGCAGCAGUGAAGUUGACGAGUCUGGCCCUUUAUUCGCGCAAACCAGUUGUGUCAUCAAUCAGACUAUCGGAGAGGAUGUUGAGGUGCCGUACCUUGCCAUAUACUUUCAAAGCUAUGAGGCUGAGUCAGCUGUAGACAAGAUCUUUGUUUCGGUCGGCUACAGCAAGGAUGGUACGGAAGUGUUGAAUAAUAGAGAAUUUGACAAGGACACGACCAAGGUACCCCUGGAGUCGGUUCCCGUGGAUGAAAACAAGAUUGUCUUUGCCAAAGUGGUGUCGCAAAAUACUUUUGGUGUCAGUUCGACCCAGUACUGCCAAACUGCGACAAGAUACGAUGUCACACCACCUACUCUCAGUAUUACAAACCCUGCUCUUCCCGUGUUGGGAGACGGGCAGGGCGCUGACCUUGUGUCGUGGACCAACCGUCUGCAUACUUCGCGCUCCGGCAACCUGGACUUUGCCACAGAACGCAAGCUGCGACAUAACGAGAUUGUCUACCUCAACAUCCGGUCCAGUGACGACAAGCUUCUCCUUUCCACGUCGCAGGACAGAGGCAUUGUAGUGGACCUCACGCCUCCUGAGCCACCAAUUGUGUAUGAUGAAGCACGCUGUGAUGACAGUGCAGGCACAACCUCCAACAAUCUGCCCCGUAGUAUUCGCACCCAAGCCUGUGACCAGCACCGUAACGAGCUUGUCUAUCAUGCGUGUGAGGCUGCUGAAGUCUUGGACGAGGUUGCAUCGUCGAUCGGAUCUCGCUGCGCAGCUGACGAUGUCACACCCCAUGACAAUCACCUCAUCUUACACGACGCGAUGGGGUCAAUUGAUGGCGCCUUUAUCAGCAACCAUCGCACAUAUCAGCGCUUUCAGGAUUUUGUGGAGUUUGGCUGGGACCCCGCUAUUGACCCAGAGACACAGUUGUAUGCCACUUUGUGGGCUGUCGGCACACAGCCCUGUGGUACUGAUGUAAUCCCGUGGCGCCACUCCGAUGGUCGUGCGGCUGGGCAACAUGGUCUCGAUCUUCGCGAAGGCGACUACUACCAGUCGCUGUACUUUUUCAACUCGGUCAUUUUUGGUGGGCCCAUGUCCACACUAGCAUGCCAAACCAUUCCACUGAAGGUUGAUGUAACACCGCCUUCGAUCGUCGAGUUAAAGGCCACCGUGGGCUCCACCCAAGGCUCUCUCGCGUUCAACAUCACUGCAUGGGACAAAGGAUCCGGCCUAGCGGCCCACCGAGUUGCACUGGGUGUGCUCCCGGUUGACGCAUCGCUGGUUCCCUUUGGUGGAGACAUUCAUCAGCAUCCGCAAUUUGAAUACAGCUUUGGCAAACUUCCCGAUGGUGUCUACAUUUACCCACAGCUGGAGACGUUUGACUUGGUUAAUCUCUUUGCUCGCGUCGGCAGUAACGAACCUUUGUAUUUCGAUACAACACCUCCGCUGGCUGGUGAAGUUCAGGAUGGCUCUCAAGUUGAGCAAGACUUAUCGUUUACCAACGAUCCCUCCGUGGUGGGCGUCAAUUUUGCUGACUUUCGUGACCCGGAUACCGGCAUCUCGUCGUACUGGUGGAUCGUCCGAGCCGGAUAUCUCACCAAAACUGGUUGGGUGUUCAAUCCAAACGGCGACGUGAUUGUAAACCAGUCCCUACCGUUUUAUGCUGCGGCGGGUCGAGUUGAGCUCGCGGAGCCUCUCACCCAUGCGACUCGCUAUUAUUCGACCAUUACAGCUUAUCACGGCGGCUUGGAUCUUCUCAGCGUUUCGGCUCGCUCUGAUGGUUUCAUGGUGGAUCUGACGUGCCCAAUUGCUUCCCCGGGACGUCGCAACGAGCUUCAAAUUUUGACAAGCACCGCCCUGGCCGACUGCGUUUGCAUUGCCAACAGCGACGCCAGUGCAUGCCCGGCCGCCUCGUCGGGCUAUCUACGCGACGGGCUUUCUGCCGACUGGACAUUAAAGGCUGGCCAAGUCGCGGAUUGGACGUACUCAUCGUCACUCCAUUCUUACCGCAUGUCCUUUACGGGCUUCUCGGACCCGGAAUCCUCCAUUGCGCGUCUGGAGGUCGCAAUUGGCAGUCGCUCAGGCUCGGUUGUGGAUCCCGAAGCUUUCUUGGAUUUUGCAGACAUUGAUGUUACUGCCACCACUUUUGUUACGGAACGCAUGUCCUUUGCCGACGGCGCUCAUGUUAUCGGCGCAGUGCGGGCAACUAACGGAGCAGGCAUCAGCACAGUUGCUUUUACGGAUGGUCUUAUCAUCGACGCCACGCCUCCGGUGCUGCUGUACGCUGUCGACGGCGAGGUGGCAUCUAAUCAAAAUGAGGCCGAAGACUCGCAGCACUGGGUGUCGGGGUCGGGCAGGCUCGAACAAUCGUUCGCUUCCGUAGACCCGCACUCGGGGGUGGCACGCGUCGAAAUCACGCUUUAUCGUUUUGUUGGCUCUGCGCCAGCUCUGGAACUACUGUCGACCACAACCCGGGUUACUGGCCAGAGUUCGCAAAGCCAUCAUGACCCCAAUGGUCUCGUCAUCGAGCUCACCACUCGAUUAGACGGUGGUGUUGACAUUCACUCAUCCAUUGAUUUUGCCAAUUUGCCUGUCAUCAGUGAUGGCGCGACACUUGCAGCCCGUGUACGAGUAUACAACAACGUUGGACUGAAGACCCAGCGCUACACGAGCGGUGUGCGCAUCGACUCAUCACCGCCAGUCAUUUCAGACGGGCCGGCUUUGGGGUUCGCGAACAAUAUUGCCGACAGCCGGCGGGAUGCUGCAGGCUUUGUCUUGGUGGAAACGCCCGACACGCUUCAGGCCUAUUGGACGGUCAUUGACUUGCAGUCAGGCGUAGCUGGCUGUUAUCUCAGAGCAGGAACUCUACCUGCCACCCAAUCCGAAGCUGCAAAGAGCGACCCAGCCAGCGCAACCUUCACACCAAUGGCACAAUUUAGCAGCGGGGGCAUUGCUACAACUGAGCUUUCACGCUCGACGUUGAUGCUGACAUCCCCGCUCACUACAGACCAAUACUAUCAGCUUGAGCUCACCUGUCACAAUGGCGCGGGCCUCUCCAGCAGUGCGCGAUCAGAGCCUUUCCGCAUGCCGGAUGAAGAUCGCAUCGGUACAGUCGUGGAUGGCCCGACCGUCAGCUUUGAUGUGGAGAUUCAGAGCCAUCUCCAGGUGGCUGGGCACUUUUAUGGCUUUGCAUCCGAGCUAUGUGGCGGCAUCCACAGUUACACGUGGGGCCUCGGUACAAGCCCAUAUGAGACUGACGUAGUCCCGCUUACGGAUGAGGAGAUCCUGGUACAAGGGACGGAGGGCGUGUUUGUCGCUUCCCUCCCAAUCGAUGAUUUACAAGGGCAACAGCUGUACGCACUGGUGCGAGCCAAGACGCUGUGUCGCCACCACGUCUCCAAUGACCACCCUGGAGUGGAGGGGGCGUUUGGUCAGCAUUUCUUGGACGCCGUGUCGUCUGGCUUUCGUGUCUAUCUCGACUCUUCCACGCCAGACUCCGUAUCAUUGUCCGUGGAUACAAACCAGACCCAAGUCUUAGAGCGUCAGCUCGAAGCCAAUGUAUGGUCGCCCAUCACCAUGUCGGCUGGCGUGGUCGCACGUCAUUAUACGUUGACCGCCACUUCGGAAGACGGCAGCAGGACGAGCACCUACAAGCUCACGUUAAGCCCUCCAAUGGAGGACGUUGUGCGUGUGCACGUUUUGGACGAAAAUGUUGAUGUGUUGAGCUAUGAGAGCUUUGGAGUUCGACAAUUGAAGGCCACCCUGCCAUUCGAACAAGAUCGCAUCACUCUUAGCAUCGAUGUGGCUCACGGCGAGCCCGUCUUUGUCAACGAUGGCGCUUCAACUUUCUCCGUGCAAACCACCAGCAGCCGGGCUUUUCCCCUUUCCACUGUUAACGACGAUACUCUUUUGACCUUUUGGCGAGGCGAACAGAUUUUGCUAGAAUUGGUAGUCGUCCGCGAGAAGGUUGAACUGCCGACAGAAGUUCAGCUCGUCCACGAUGGGGUGCCCCACUCUAUAGGCUUGGCAGACGCAGCCGCGACGAUCAAUAUUCCGUACCAAGUGCGCGUUUUCGAGCUUUCCUUCCCUCACAAUAGCCACACCUGGGAGUGCAGCGGUGGUAAUCUUCAGUUGACAGUGCAACCGGAUGUUCCAGUCUCAGUUUCGAUGCCGACGACCCUCUCACAGCUUGUGCUUACUUGCAACUUGUUUGACCACGACCUAAGCUUGGAGUUGACGGUCAACGUGGCCAUGCCCACCAUUACAGCUGAAAGCUUCAGUGUGUCCGCCACUGAUGAGCUCACCAGAUCACUAUCGGUCGUGGCUACAACAACCGGCGGAGGCAAUUCCUGGACGACCGUCAUCUCAGCGCCCAGCUCCAUAACUCUUCUGGCCGUUCAGGUCGAUGGUCAUGCGGUUGUGGUGGAGGACGUACAAGGCCAGGCCAUGCAUACGAGCAUCGUGUUUGUGCUGGAUCGAUCCGCAGGAGCCCGCACAUUCAAUCUGUAUAGUGGGGCUGCGAUGGCGACGCUCACAGUAGAGGUGCAAUCUCUGCCUCCCUCGACCGACACCUGUCUGCGCCAGCUAGACAUCAAUGGCUUGACAGCCAUCGAUCCCUGUGCCGACGAGGGCCUUGCUACAAUUGCUCUGGACGCAGAUGCACUGACGCUGGCAAUCGCACCAAACCAUCCGUUUGUUUCCAUCACCUUGUCAGUUCAUGAUACGAUCAAUGGUGUUCUUUUGGAAGCCUCCAGCAGCUUUACCUCGCUUGCCAAACGUACGUGGAGUGCCCCCUUGCCGGAAGGCAUCCAAGGCAAUUCCGGCUACCAGGGCAUGGUGUUGACCAUUGCGGUACAGGCUGAGGAUGGCACAACUCAGCAGGAAAUGGUGUAUGGAUUGCACAUGGCCACUGUGAGUACAGAUGCUACCUUGCCACACGUGGCGGUGGCUGCUUUGCACAAGGGUACCACUGCCAAUUGGCAGGUGGAGGUGGAAACAGCCGCCCGCUACGUGGCCAUUUCUGUACCAUUUGACACUGAUACCAUCGUGAUUAACUUUCCUGUUGCGGCCACUUCUACCUGGAGGGCGGUCAUUGAUGGCAAUGCCACAUACGAUGGAACGGCAGCAACGGAAUUGGCGCUUCCGCGUCAUGUCGAUAACACGGCUUCCGAAGUUGGCUUGACUGUUACUGCGCAAGCAGGUAACUCAGAGAGCUACCGCAUCGUGUUUAACCGUCACGAGGCCACGCCCACUGCCACAACGAUGCUCCUCGAAACUCAUAGUCUGCCAACGACAGAGGACAUUAUGAUUCCUUGUGGGCAGACGACUGUGGACGUAAGCGCUCAAGGUCAAGACCCUUUUGACUUUGUGCAGGUGGCCACUGCAAGCGGCGUGCUGAUGACCAACGUCUACCCCAAUAGCACGACCAACUUAGGCCUCGAGUUUGCGUCGGGAAGCAGCAACCUCACGCUUUCGCGGCGUGUGGGUACAGUGUUUGAGUCACGCACAUCAGCCAUUGUGCGCCUGCGUGUGCCUCAUCCGUCAUCCGUGUUCAAAAAGCUUGAACUCCAUUGCAAUCAGGGCUCAUCUUGGGAUCUUUUAUCCUCCUUUGGCCUCUUUAUGGCCGAUGCCAAGACGAGCAUUACUGUUCCUGCGCUGUGCUCAGAGUGGACACUUGUGACUUCGCCGAACAAAGAUUACGCUCCCGUGCUCACGGCAGAGUGGGCUGGCCGACAACUUUCUACCAGCAAACAUGGCAACGUGUGGUUCUUGCCCCUGCCCGACGACGAUCUCAACCAACUUGAAAUCAGCAUUGCACAUGCUUGCUUUGAAGUUCUUCUUACGGUCAACGUGGCGCGAGAAGCGCCCAGUUCUGAUCUGAAUAUCUCAAGUAUUGAUGUUCGAACAAGCAAGGGCAUGCUGAUGAAGCUCGACAAAGACCAAUCUGAGCACACCAUUGCUGUAGCCACACAUCAAGGCCUUGAAGUUCGUGUCCAGUCCCCACAUGAUUUGCGCUUAACCAUGAUGGAGACUGUGGCAGCGCGUUUGGGUUUCACCAAUUUGGCCUCAGCCCUUGCCACCUGGUCCGAGUCCACAGGCGAUAGUUUAACCGUGCUCGGCAAUGUCUCCUGCCCAACUGGACUGUCACUGAAAUCUGGCGUUUUUGAAACGGAGCUUGGAUGCUGGGAAGUCAGUCCAGCACGCGUCCCCCUUGAUGAGGCAGAAUCCUCACGCUCAUUCUCAGUCUCUGCGCUACACCCGAAUAUUCUGGGGCUUAGCUCGGAUUCGGUAUCUUCAGCCACAUUGGUUCGAGAUGUCACAAGCCCAAUCGCUGAUAAUGCAGAUAUGAAUUGUGAGUUUGAUUCGGACAGUUCGCAGCUUUCUUGCAGUUGGCAAGGCAUCUUUGACGAAGAAACGCGGAUCCAGGUCCAGGCUCUUAUGGUCGGCUCGCAGCCGGGUAUCGCGGAUCGUGUUCCUGCGGUGGAUUGCGGCUCCGCAACCCGAGUCAGCGUCUUUGUCAAGGAGUGGGUUCAAGGCGAUCUACUUCACCCAUCUCUCUUGGCCUUUAAUGAGCUUGGCGAGAGUGUGCUGUUGUUUGCUCACCCGGUCAUGGUCGAUGCCGUUCCGCCAACUCCUCCCUCAGAGCUCUGGUUUGUCCCGCGCUUGCAUGACGCGAUAGCUGCGGAACUGGCACAAGCCUUCUCAUAUAGUCAGAGUUACAACGCUGGCGAAGUGGUAGCAUACCAGGGCACAUUCUAUGAAGCCCGUGUCACCGUUCCAGAGGGCGCAGGUCGACCCGAUGCCAGCCACUUGUGGACCCGUCUGGAUGCCACGGCAUGCUAUCUUCUUGAGGAUGCUUUGGUGAUGCGCUGGAGCAACGACACCACGGAGGCCAUUAGUUUUUCGGUUGGCUUGGGCAGUACUUCUUCCACGCCAGAUAUUGCGCACUGGCGUCCAGUCCCUCUCGAUCGCACAUCGGCAGUUUUUCCAGGCGUGAACGCAGCAGCUGGUAGCGAAGUUUAUGGCUUGGUCCGAGUCGAGGAUCACUCGGGACAGGUUGUGAUCACAUCAACCUCAGCUCCCUUGAUUGUCACAACUUUCAAACCCAAUUUGGCUCUUGCAGAUGGCCCAAACCAAAACGACGUUGAUACUUGGACACAAUUUGACCGGGUGUAUGCUUCCUGGUCUUUGCUCGGCGUCUGCGAGCCCCAAUCAAUCACCCUCCGCUUGUUGAGAUCUGACGGGCUUUUGGUGAGUGAAGAUAUCAUUUGGGAUCUUGAAAUGGAUGAAACAGCCCCAGAGCAGUAUGCCGUGACCAAUCUAUAUCAUAUGGAGCCCAAUGGCGAACAGCGAGAGGGUUUGCAGAGCAGUCGACGAUAUUUCUUUGAGCUUGAGAUUCAGGACCAAUUUUCGGUCAAUCGCAACAUGCGAUCAGAUGGAUUUCGCUACCUGGACUCCAGCCCAGAUGUUGGCCCGAUCAUGGAUGGUAUCAUGGACUAUGAUAUGGACUAUCAAGAAGAUGCCCAUGAAUUCAAGGCCACCUGGCACACAUGUGUCCAGCGCAACGACAAAGACUGCUUCGGUUCAUACGAAGUUCCUAUCAUCCGGUAUGAAGUCGCAUUUGGGACGGGAACAAGCGAGAGCAACCUGGACAAUUUGCUACCGUUUACGUCUGUCGGGCUGGCCACGAGCUAUACGUGGAGAAGCACCACACCCAUUGCAAGCAACACCACCGUCUACGCUAGUAUCCGUGCCUUCAGCGCUGAGACCUUGUACGCCACCACUACUUCCGACGGCAUUAUCGGUGGCUUGAACAAGUCCAUCUCCACGCCUCUUCUCUUUUUGAACCGCAGUGCAUGGUUUUCCGACACCAGCAGUGCGCUUCUUGUGUCCUGGGAUGAACCAGAAUCAGCCGUUCCACUCAGUCAGCUGGAGCUGGUUGUGAGCUCUUCCGGUCUACCAGCCUGGACGAAGCGCAUUGAGCUGGACCCUUCUCUGACCACCCAUAUCAUCAAAGACAUCUCAGCCUUGCGUCAUCUUGAUACACUUCAGGUCCGCCUUACGGCCCACAACUUUGCUCUUGGUCAAUCCACGGGCGAAGUGGCAGCCAAGGUUGAUCUCAUUGCCCCCACGCCGGGUACCUUGCAACCAGUAACGGAUGGUGCUUCAGCAGAGGAUCUUGUUUGGUAUGCAACUGAGGGGAGUGUGUUUGUGACUGUAUCUGGUACUUUUGAUGCAGACAGUGGUGUGGCUGAACAGGCGGCGGCUCUGGUUGAAGCUGAUCGUCAAGCCUGUUCUUUGUCGACACUCAGCUGUGCAGAGCUAGCUGCUACUGUGACCGAGGACGACUUUACGACGCUCGGCAAUUUGAGUGCCUCUUUCAAUCUGCUCGCGCUGGAAUCAGACAUUGAUGGCACUGCCGAGGCUCUACGUACCAUUGUGCGCAUUCGCGAUGCUGCGGGCUUGCGAGCUUUUGUGUGCUCGCCUCUCAUCAUUGUAGAUCAGACACCGCCCCGGGCUGGUGCCGUCAUCAUUGGGACUGAGAUUACCUCCAUGGCGACACCGUUUCUCAAGAAGGUAGAUGAUAUCAACUUGACUGUUGCCCUGGCACACCCACCGGCCGAUUCCGAAUGCAGUCUGAGCACGGCUUUGGCGACUUUGGUGCCGGUUGUCGUUAAUACGAGCGUUCGCUGUGGAGUUGAUUUGUCCCGUUGCACGCUGGAGCGGUUUGCAGUACUGAAUCGUGCCUACACAUUACCACGAUUAUAUAAUGCUCGGGCUCGCCCAACAAGCUCCAACGCCUGGCGCAUGAGCAGCUCGGUUGUAUUUCGAAAAGCUUUCUUUGGCAGCGCGUUGGCCUUUGCGCCUGCGGCUCCGGUGAUGGGUUCAUACUCGGUCGAUCUCAUUCUUCCGUCUCGCGUGGGCAUCAGCGUUGAUCUUGCCUUUACAACUGACGUCAACCAUUUUUCGCCGCCGCUGAUAAGCGUAAACAAUGCGGACGAGGAUGCUGACAUCUUUUACAACGGCCCAAGCGGUUAUGGUAUGCAGGCAAGCUGCAUCGAGGAAACUGACACAGGUUGCAUUCUCUCUGUUGCGCUGUGGUCAUCAAGCAGCGACGAGAAGUCAGCUAUUGGGUUGACCUUGUCAAACGUUCUCAACUUUAAGCUUGAGUUGUCUCUUCAAGAAACUAUUUCUGGCGUGGGUGUGAUGACCCUGCUGAUUGAUGGCCGACAGCUCGUUACCAAGCAAGAUUUUGAACUGCUUGCAUCUUCUACGCUCAUUGUCGGUGCCAUGCCUGAUUCUCGCUUGAUGACGGAUGAGACUGUUCUGGACAUUGUUGAUGAAAUAGUGAUUCGUGAGCUGCAAACGCCCAUCGCUGCCACCUCAGCCGUGUGCGGGGACGAGCGCUACUAUGCUGAUCAGGAGAGCCCGAUAUUGGCCAUGAGCUAUGGUAUUGUCGAUGCUCGCAAUGACACCGUGGACGCAUCACAACUUGUGCCUUUGUCUCAGGUCCCGUGCAUGCCUUGCAAUACCGACUACGCUUGCAGCAGCGACCUCUGUGAUCCAGAUUGUGAUCUGAAUGACGCGAUUGUAUUUGACGGCUUGAUUACUGGUCUAUCUCCUGGCAGACAAACAUACUUCUGCAAAGAGGCCGAGUACAAGGGAGCAUGUCAUGCCAGCUGCCCGGAUAACACCUAUCGAGACACUCGGGGUGUGUGCCAGGAUUGCCAUGCCCAGUGUGCUGACAACUGCUACGGACCUUUUGCCGACCAAUGCUUCUCCUGUGAGAACCUUCAACACGGUCGCAUGUGCGUGGAAGCGUGUCCCAAUGGAACGUACGCCAGUGCGGAGGGCGUGUGUCGCGAUUGCGACUUGUCUUGUGAUGGCUCUUGCUCGGGACCUACUCAGUGGGAGUGCGAGUCCUGUUUCACUGGCAUGCGAGUGGCGAGCCGUGGGGACGUAGUCUGUCACUCAGAGGUGGCUUGUCCCGAUGACAGCGCACCAAUGAAUAUGUCUGACGUGUCUGCUCAUUUUUCACGCUUGGGUGGGCUGGACAGUCUGUGGUUGAACCGGUUUGAAGCGACCGCAACUUUGGAUGAAUUUUGCUUCCCCUGCCAUGAACAGUGCUUGGAUGGCUGCACAGGUCCCUUAGCCUCGGAUUGCAUCUCAUGCCAGGGCCCAUAUCUGACUACAAGCAAUGGCAUCACCUGUGUGCCCGAGUGUCCGGCGCGCUUCUUUGAGAACAGCACCACGCUUGAGUGCCAGGCUUGUCAUGAGCGCUGUGACGGCCUCUGCACCGGCCCUGACGAAGACCAAUGCGUCAAUUGCCCGCGUUUUGCCUUGAGCACAGGUGGCUGUGUCAAUGCCUGCCCAAGUGACACGUAUCCAGGCUCGAACGGCGUGUGCUACCCGUGCGCAUGCAACGCAGGCGCAGUGGGGGGUCUUGUGGCCGGAUUUGAUCUGCCCUCGCGUCAUUUCCCAGAUGAUUUGGAUUGUGGCAACGGCACGGCCGGCAACUUGAUGGUGGUGCAUGAUUUGGUGAUGGCCGGAUCACUUGCCUGCUAUGUAGGAGAGCAGAGUCACUUUGAUGGGCUUGUCAGUCGCGGUCUUCUGAUUGACGGCACCAGCCCACCUGUAGAGCUGCAAGGCACCACUGAAAAUGUCAAUGCCACCGUGCUUUUGGAAACGCUGGACGGUCGACGUCGCAUGGUUCGCUUAUUCUUCCACCGUGCGCCAGCAUCCAACAACUCCCUUGUGAAUGAGCUCUUUGUGGCGGCUGACACUGCUUUCGUGGAGAGCAAUGACGCUGAGGACCUGACAUACCUUGAUUCAUCGCCGGCUUUUGAUGGCAAGCUCGCUUUCGAGUAUGAAGUGACAGUCGCAUACGCAACGCGCCGCCUGAAACUUGCCUGGUUUACCGAUGUGUUUGCCACCGUCAGUGUUGUGCCUUUUGCUCGUGUCAACUCCACCUGGGGGCAUCACGCGGCCGUAUUUGAGACGACCGGCACAAGUGGCGUUGUUCAGUUGCUGGUCACUAGCGAAGAUCAGGCAACAAUGACCACAUACACGAUUCGCUGGACACGAACGCCACCCUCAAUUGAAGACCGACUAGCCUCCCUCGCAGUGGAGUCGGUGGAACAGAAUGGCGUAGGUCAGAUUCUGACCUUGUCGCCUGUUUGGCACUCGAAUCGCGGCAACUACGUCAUCACACUGCCGCAUGCCGCUGCGGCACUGACGCUAAAUAUGAGUGUAUACGAUAGCUCGGGCGCCCGGGUGUUUGUUGCGGGGCAGCUUGUGGAGGGACUCUCCGUACAGGUGCCCACACCAAGUGGCCCGUCCCAACCCACUUCUAUCGUCAUCAGCGUCCAAGCGGAAGAUUUGACCGUACCACCCCGCAGCUACACGCUCUUCCUGACUCGUGGCAACCCUUCCACGACUGUGGCUUUGUCUAAUUUUGAAGUGUCUGCACACCGACACGUGACCGUGUCUGCGAUUGGAAGCACGCGCAAUGUGACGCUUUCGCCCGUAGAAACGCAGCUGACUCUGACGAGCUUGACCGCGAUCGGACCUCAUGCAACGCUCGACAUAUCCGUACCGGCGCCCGCCUCGCAUGAGUGGACGGGCGAUGGCGCGGUGUUGAUUACGGGACUGACAGCGGCAACAAACACCAUAACAAUCACUGCAUGGGCCCAGGAUGGGGUCACUUCCAGUGUGAGCACCUUGUUUGUGCAACGCGUUGUGGAAACUUCACUAGCCAAGGAUUACUCGAUUGAAGGCUUGACGGUUAUUGAUCAGCUAUGCUCCGAUGGGGCUGGUUGCCAUGUCAAUGUAUCGCGCACAACACGAACAGUGUCACUGCGGGUGGUUGCUUCAUCUGAGCACUUUUAUCUCAGAAUUUCCAACGCGAUUGGCUGUACUGCCAGUCUGCAAGAAUGGAACGAGCUUGGCAUUGUUUUUGCUCAGCGCUCAGCAACGUGCUCUGUGAUGACAGAGUUUUGCAACUCUGGUGACGUGUGCACGGCUAUGCCCAUAACUGUGGAAGUGCAUGGAGCUGCUUGGUCGCAAAUGAUGGUCAACGUGAACGUGACUGAUGCUCACGGCAAGGCACAAACGGCCAUUUUGAAUGGUGUGGGCAAUAGUACUACAAUCUACGUGGACCAACCGUCGGGCCCUUUUACUGUACUGGUCGAAGCCAUGGAUGAGUUCAUCACGGUGGGGGAUUCUGGUGCUGCCCUUGUGACCACGGCCACAAGCCCGCUUCAACUGUCGGCUUACGAUGCUGUCCGUGGAACAAACGAGGUGCAAGAGCUUGUUUUUGCCAUUGCACGCGGCAACAAGCCUUGCAUGAAGGCGCUGAUGAUGCAAGUAUCUGCCGAACGCGCUGUGGCUGUCAACACCUCUCGGGCGUACCCGGAAGGCGUACAACUGCCUGUCAACACCAGCCAGGUCAGCAUAAGCUAUGAGCUGCAAGAUCCGGCCUGCCAGGUCCUCAUCGAGCAGCUUGUGACCACUGAUGAUGUCACCGUGACUCAAGUUGUGAGUGAAAACGGCGCUUCGUUCCAGGUCGACAUCCCCGUGAUAGGAUCGGUGAUGCUUUCAUUCACAGACACAGUCAAUAACCAAACAAUUUCGGCAACGAUGGACAUUCAGGCUGACUUUGUAAGUCAAGAGCCUUUGAUUCGAGACGUUGUGCCGCUUGAGGUACCUGCCCAGCUGGUGGACGUCGUGAAAUUGCCUGGUGUUGUGGAUCCACUUGCACAAUUGCACGAUGCCAAUCCCCGCUUUGGGGAUGACAUUCAUGUGACCGUGCCACACUCAUAUGACAACGUCUCUCUGCUUGUUCGUGUGGAUGAGGGUGUGCGUACCUGGUGGACGUUUGACGCUCUGCCUCGACCCAUGCCUAACUUUAUGCCUGCGGUCAAUGACACUUUGAGUGGCAAUUGCAAGGUGGUGAGCGGUUAUGGUCAGAUGUCACUUGAAGGGCGCAUUGGUUCUUGGCCUUUGGAAGUACUUUUGGCGGACCUUGCCUCGAUUUUGGUCGCCACCAACGUGACAACGUUGCAAAAUGUGACAGUAACUCAUAACGUGACUACUAAUGCAACGACCGUGGAGCAAGAGGUGUCAAUUCGAGCCAACAUAACGACGCUUGAGUGGCAAAUUCCAAUGUAUGACGCUGUUAGCAAACAAUUCCGACGCGCCGAUGGCAGCGUAGUUGCCGUUGACGAACUAUUUAUCAACUCACCAGUGACCCCUUUGCUCAUGGAGCAAAAUUCUUCGACUGCUUGGUGUGUCGGUAGCCUCGCGCGUGAUUGCACGACGUGCCCCGCGGGGACCAUGCGUGCUGCCUUUGGCCAUGCGUGUGUCGCGUCCUGCGCUUACGACGCAAUUCUUGUUGAUGACGCAUGCCAGUCAUGUCACUACAACUGCUUGGGUGGGUGCACGGGCCUUACUGCCAGUGACUGCUCGCCAGUAUGCACGCAAGCCUUUUCAACGACGACAACUACUACCACGACCACCACGAUCUCCAUCUCUCCUUCGGCACAAGCCUCCUGUCCACGUUGUCGCGUAGCUGAGCUCAACGGAACAUGCCUUGAUACGGACUGCCCCCCGGGCUACUACAAGGAAGAAUACACGCUACGCUGCUUGGCCUGUCACGAGCAGUGUGCCAGUGCCUUGUCCUGCAGUGGCCCGAUGCCCUCUGACUGCCAGCUUUGCGCGGCCAACACAACAGCAAAGGAUGUUGACAGCGAAGAUGCCGCGACCGUGGCGCUGGAAUCCUUGCGUGAAUGCGUGACGAAUUGUCCAAACCUGACCUAUGUGGCACCUGGCGGUCAGUGCCGGGCUUGUCACGAAAACUGUCUGUACGGAUGUUCGGGACCGACUAAGACGGAAUGUUUGAUUGACCCGAGCCGUAACGUGACCCAUGGGUGCCGUGCUGUUGACUACGAUGGCUCGUGUGAGGCUGUUUGCCCCAUCACUCACUUCUCAAACAACACCACCUGUGCGCCAUGUCACCCCGAGUGCCAGGGUUUGGGCUGUGGUGGGCCCUCAAUUGACAACUGCUUGUUCACGGAAACGUCUGGUCAGCAACGCAAUGAGAACAGCACGACAAUCACCUUCUUUGCACCUGCCAGCUAUCGAUUUGCCAUCGCCAUGCAAAACGCCGCUGGGCUUACCUCGGUAUCGCUGAGCCCUGCCACCACCAUUGACCUUACUGCGCCUUCCUUUGUGGGAGUAGUUCGCUUCGUUGAUCGUGGUUAUCGCAACCGCCCCAUCGAAGCCCUUCGAACCUCCAGCGAAGUAUAUUUCCGCUUUAGUGUGUUUGAGCUCGAAAGCCCAGUGGUUCAGGUGGAUUGGCGCCUUGAGAUAAGCGGCGUUGCCCGAGCUCGGGGCAGUGUGGAUCUGGAUGCUGACUUUAUGGGCGGUACUUUGGUCGCUAACGCCGCCAAUCUGACGCUGGCUCAAGGCGAUUCGGUUGCGGUUCAUUUGUUCGCGACUAAUGCCGCUGGUCUCGUUGCUGAGACCACCAGCAACGCCAUUUCGGUUGACUUGACACCGCCCAUUAUGGAUUCUUUUGUGAUGACGGCACAGUCCGCGGCUAUGGACCAAAUUGCAGUCGAAACGAUUGUUAAUCAACCCGUCAGCGACAAUAACAACUCGGUCAGAUUUGAUAUUGGAGCCAACGCCGAUGCGCGCCGCCGGCGCGAUGCUGCUAUCCAGACCAUUUUAUUGGACACGCCUGAUGCUGGCUUUUUGUCCAACAUGUCACUUAUUUCAAUUCCUCAUGAUGUGGACGAGGUGCAAACAAUUCUGGACAGCAACAGCCUGGACCCUUUGACCUUGGAAGAGUCCAAGUUCUCGUUGACCUCCUUCAUGCAUCCAAUCAAUGACACCUUGACAGAAGGUCCGUGGGUGAUUCGGGCCAACGUCCCAAAUUUGCCUGCCGACGAACACUUUGAAUGGUUCGCCUGGAAUUUGUACUUUCAAGCAUGGUUGCCCGUCGGAGCGAGCUACUGCAACGUUUCGCCACCAGAGAGCAAUGUGGCAGACGAGUAUAUCACUCAACUCUGUUCGCCGACGCAGCAUGAGGCCGAAGUCAGUUUGCGCGUGAUGAUGGGGGACUGCGAUGUUUCGGGUGGGGCCCAUUGUCAACAUGUACCCUUUGAAGCCGCUUCCAAGGCAGACUGUGAGGCAGUUCUUGAGGCCAUUUUUGGAGUCACCACGGCCUCACUGAAUCAGUCGACGCUGUCCACUUUGGUUAAUACAUCCAAUUUGAUGGCACGGCACGGGUUCAAUGCCUCGAUGAGCAAUGUCUCUGCCACCUCCUGCCGACCCUAUAUUCUGCGAGGUCCCGACACCUCCAUUCACCUGUCACUCAAUUCGUACGAUCCAAGCGCGCACUGCCAUGCACCAAUGGCAUCAACAGAGGCGCUUUUUGUGCGUGAGGAUGACUUCAUCUGGCACCCCAUUGCAUUGAACUUGAGUGAUGUCGACGGUGACACAUUGAUUGUGUCUGUGGACACGGUACCUAGCAAAGGCACCGUCCGAUAUGAUGAUGGUACUGAAGCAUGGUACUACAUGAGCAAUCCCUACCGCAAUGGUGCUGAUUCCCUGACGUUCCGCAUUCAUGAAGCCACCUUUGAUGCUUACGGUUUGCUCAACCCAUGCACGCAUAUUGUCAGUGAUGUGUUGAUGAAGGUUGACGUCUUUAUUGAGCAGGUCAAUGACCGACCAAUCUUGCAGGUCGACAAUACGUCAGUAGUGAGUGUAGGAGGCGAUCUCCGUCUUGAAGAGGAUGUGGUUUACGUGCUCAACCUGAUGACUGAUGAGGAUGAGGAAAUCUCGUUUGAUGUCACGGUGGUCGAGUAUGAUGAGGGUGAUACCAUGGAUCUGGUUCUUCUCGAACCUUUGGCCAGCGACGCCGAGAUUGUGGACGAAGCUGCCCGAGGCACGUUUUCUAUGGUCGAAGUGGCCCGUCGUGUGGUGGGUGUAGCCUCUACCAUCACUCUGCGUGUGACUUAUUCACCACCUCACAACUGGCCCCGUCCUACUAAUACCACGGGCGUGGAAACGACAGUCCUUGCUAUUCGUGAUUCCUUUGCUGAAGACCCCCUGACUUCAGAGCAAAGUAUUGAGCUGCGAGUUCUGGUUCGUGAAGUCAACGACGCUCCGGUAGCCCGCAGUGUACGCUGGCUUCUCAAUGAUUUCAACACGAGCGUCAUCGUGCCGGUGACUGACAUUGAGUGGUCCUUGACCAACCUUUCACUGGAACUGAUCAGUCUGAGCCAUGACCAUGCCCAAGCCCACGCCGGCUUGAUUUCCGAUUGUUCUGCUCUUGAGAACCUUGAGUAUAAGCGGCGGGUGGUGUUGAAUGCUACAAUGGAGAACGCGAGUCUUCCUGUACAUCUGGCUGACUUCACAUCCGCUAACCGCUCGCUGUGGGUUGUGGCAAACGAGCGCACCAUCACGUUGGAGGGAUCCUUGAACGGCACGCGCUCAUCGGAUGUGCUCGCCUUGCGCGUCCACGAUCAAGAUUAUUGCACUUUUGCGAUUGUUUACAUGGAACCUGCAAGCUCAGCAGCAAGCCGUGCGAUAUGGAGUAUUGUCACGAAUAGCAUGAACCUCAUGUUCGUUUUAAUAGCAGCAAUCGUGCUGAGUCGCCGUGAACUCCAUCGCUACUGGCAUGCCAAGAACCAGCUCUUGAAACAAGUGCGUUUGGAAGGCGAUUAUCGUAUACCAGAAGAAGUUGAGCUGCAAAUGCAGCGCACACGUACAUUGAUCCAUGCGGCCGGGGCGCUGCUGCUAGCCUUGUUUGUUCUCAGUCUGUGCGCAGCAUCAGUUGAUCUGGGGCUUGGGGCCAACGUAUCGCUUACAGUCUUGGUGCCAUUGUCCGUCAUCUUGAUUUUUGUGCUGAUGAUUUGGCACCUUCGAUCUGCGUCACGCUUACUAAAUGACGAAAUCCGAGCAGCAGUAGAACUUGAGCUUUAUAACCGCACCGUUCGUGACCGAGUUCUUGGCCUGUGGGCUUCGCGCUCUGGUCUUGAUGACGCCAAGCCCGUGGCUCACUCAGGCAACAAGAUUUUCAAGUGUGCAUCUUGUGGCAUCAUCUACCCAACGGUGGCUGCCUUGGCAGCACACUUCCGUUUCUUGCAUGAGCGCAACUUUGAGUUGACUGUUGCGGGCAAGCGGCGCAUCCGGAACGAAGUCUUGGAUGUCAAGGCGCUGGAUGUAACGUUGCGAAUUCUGCGGUUGUGGCGUCAAAACGCUCGCAAAUCGGCCAUUCUGCGGCGCGCACAACUGCCAAAACACUUGCCAUCUACCUUGCCCUCUGUGCGAGGACUGAGCGUUGCCCCUUCAGUUGACUAUACAGCACUUCGAAACAUGUUGGUGACCGACACCGAUGCGGAUGGGAUAACCUGGGUUCAAUCGCCCGUCCGCCGAACACGUCGACUUUCUCACAGCUCAAGCAAGGGGCGUUUGGACUCGGUGACCUCGCGGCAAGAGGAAAACCGAGACGAGGCCGCAAUGUCCCGCCACAAUUCACGCGGAUCAUUUCAAUUUCCUUGGUUCAGCUCACAGAGAGGCCGAGUGAGCCCGUCUCUGUCAGCCAACACGCAAGACACCUUUGCAGAUGGGCCGCGAGAGGUUUGGACUCAGCGUACGCAGAUGGUGCGGGCGAAUCGGGAUUCAGAAGACCAUGGUGGUUAUCUUGAGGUCGAGGAUAUGAUGUAA